AUGCAAUUUUUUCAUAUUCUUCUUCUCUCUAUUCUUUCUAUCGUCUUUAUCUCUUCAGUCAACGCUGUUCCAAGUGAUGCUGAAAUCGAAGCAAUGAUGGGUCUUCAAGAAAAUGUGGAAUCAUACCUGGCAUCAUCAAACAUGAGACCGGAAGCCAAAAGAAAAAUUCAAGAACAGAUGGCCAAAAAACAAGCAGCUAUUGAGAAGAGCUUUGGAAAAAAAAGAUUGAUUUCUUUAAGAUUUCGUUGUGUUUCAAAUAAAAUUCAUCUGCAUUAA